UCGGUGUAAGAUGGAGGAGUACUACGACUUCCCCUUUGACAUCUCUAACUAUUCUUUCUUCGGCAACGAAACUUAUCCAACGAAUCCUUCCUGGGACAUCAUCAUCUACAACAUAGUGGCUCCGGUCAUCCAGUGUGCCAUAGGCAUUACUGGACUGAUAGGAAAUGGGCUGAUCAUAUACGUCAUUGUCAAGUAUUCAACGAUGAAGACUGUACCAAAUGUGUACGUCUUAAAUCUGGCCGUGGCGGACUUUCUCUACUGCCUGACGUUCCCCAUUUGGGCGGCAGACUACAUCUUAAGGGUGUGGAUCUUCGGCCAGGCCAUGUGUAAGAUAGUCAGGUCCAUCUUCAACGUCAAUACCUUUGCCAGCAUCUACUUCCUGACGGUGAUGAGCAUCGAGCGGUACUACGCCAUCCUACACCCCGUCCGGAACAUCCAGAACCGCUCGCUGAAGAAGGCGAAGAUCAUCAGCGGAUGCGUCUGGGCAGUAGCGCUGAUGUGCUCGCUCCCGUACAUCGUGUUCGCGGAGAUCUGCAACCUGAACGGGGUCCCCGUGUGCAUGUUCAACUGGCCCACCAACGGCCAGAGCGAAGACUGGUGGAGAGGCGCUAACGCCGUCUAUCUUACGGCCCUGGCGUUCCUCGUACCGCUGUGUAUCAUGGUCCCCAACUACGUGCUGAUCUACCGUAAGCUGCGGAACACCGACAUCGUCCCUCCUGAGAGCCGGCGCGCGCUGCGGUCCCGACACCGCGUGACACGCAUGGUGGUGGUGGUGGUGGGGAUCUUCGUCCUGUGUUGGCUGCCGCUGCACGUGGGCAACAUCAUCAGGUUCGUCUUCGGCUUCAACAUCAACGCCACCGUCUGGUACUUCCUGAACGUCAUCGCCGACGUCAACAGCUGCGUCAACCCGUUCCUGUACGCGCUGCUGGGGCAGAACUUCCGCGCCACGCUCAAACGCACGCUGUGCGGCUCCGCCUGCUGCCCCGACAGUUGUCGGCCGGCAUCACGAAGAGGUAACCGCCGUGAUCUGACCAGUGUCCAGUCCGCCACUUCAGCCACCACCGCUAUAGAGAUGUCCACUCUCCGCACGAACCACGUCAUAGAGUGGCCGGGCCGGUCACCGCUGGCCUUCCGUACUACCGGGCGGUCCUGUCCACGGAGACAGCGGGCAGGGCGGGACGAGGGGUUCUAA